UUGCUUUUUUCCUUUCGCGAUUUGUCAAAAAACGCGAUUAAGACGGUGUGGCCGUACGGUCUGUAACUUUCGCCGUAAAAAUCGAGUUUUAUCUUGCUUUUGCGUGCCCAAAAAGUGUAUGAACAUCGACCUAAAGUGAGCCGGAAACAAGUGUACCCCAAUUCACCAUGUCUCGCUACGUGCAACGUCCGGAAAACGCUCUGAAAAGAGCGAACGAAUUUAUCGAUGUGGGCAAGAAGGCGCGUGCCCUGGACACGCUCCAGGAGGUGUUCCGGGCGAAGAAAUGGAACUACAACUGGUCGGAGUCGGUGAUCGAGCCGGUCAUGUUCAAGUAUCUGGACCUGUGCGUGGAGCUGAAAAAGUCUCACAUCGCGAAGGAGGGUCUGUUCCAGUACCGUAACAUGUUCCAGCUGGUGAACGUGGGUUCGCUUGAAAAUGUGAUCCGCGGUUACCUGAAGAUGGCCGAGGAGCGCACGGAACAGGCGCAGCAACAGUCGUCCCAGGCCAUCCUGGACAUUGACGAUCUGGACAAUCUGGCGUCGCCUGAAUCGAUCCUGAUGAGUGCGGUGUGCGGCGAGGACGCGCAGGACCGUUCCGAUCGUACGAUUCUGCUGCCGUGGGUGAAAUUCCUGUGGGAAAGCUACUGCCAGUGUUUGGAGUUGCUGAAGGUGAACUCGCACUGCGAAACGCUGUACCACGACAUUGCCCGGAUGGCGUUCCAGUUCUGUCUGAAGUACAACCGCAAGAUGGAGUUCCGCAAGCUGUGCGAGAAGCUGCGCAAGCAUCUGGAGGACAUCUGCAAGGUUUCGUCGCAGACGGCGAACGUGAGCAUCUCGAAGCCGGAAACGCAGCAGCUCAACCUCGAGACGCGCCUGCAUCAGCUCGAUUCGGCCAUCCAGAUGGAGCUGUGGCUGGAGGCGUACAAAGCCAUCGAGGACAUUCACGGGCUGAUGGCACUGUCGAAGAAGACACCGCUGCCGAAAACGAUGGCACUGUACUACACCAAGCUGGCCAUGGUGUUCUGGAAGGCGGGCAACCAGCUGUUCCACGCGUCGGCCCUGCUGAAGCUGUUCCAGCUGUCGCGCGACAUGAAGAAGAACGUGACGGCCGAGGAAAUUCAGCGCAUGACGACGCACGUGCUGAUUGCGACGUUGGCCAUUCCGCUGCCAUCGGCCCACCCGGAGUUCGAUCGGUUCAUCGAGACGGACAAGAGCCCGAUGGAGAAGGCGCAGCGUUUGGCAUUCCUGCUCGGUCUGCAGCAAUCGCCGUCCAGGGCACUGCUGCUGAAGGAGCUGAUCCGGUUGAACGUGCUGCAGCUGGCAGCGCCCCAAUUCCGCCACCUGUACCAACUGCUGGAGGUGGAGUUCGAUCCGCUGAAUCUGUGCGAGCAGGUGCAAAAGAUCGUGGACGACAUUGAGGCGGACCCGAACUCCGUGUACGGACAGUACGUGCAAGCGCUGAAGGAUGUUACGCUGGUGCGUUUGGUGCGCCAAAUUUCGCAAGUAUAUCAGACGAUCGAGUUCCCGCGCUUGCUCGAGCUGGCCAAGUUUGCCGACUACCAUCAUCUGGAGCGCAUUUUGGUGGACUGCGUGCGCCACAACGAUAUGCAGAUUACGAUCGACCAUCGCAACGGGUGCGUGCACUUCGGAACCGAUCUGUCAGAGAACCAGCGCGAGGAUCAUCCGGACGGGCCGACGCUGCAGUCGAUGCCCUCGGAGCAGAUCCGUUCGCAGCUGGUCAACAUGUCGGUGGUGCUGCAUAGGGCCAUCGCUACCAUCAACCCGGAUCGCAAGAAGGCCGAACGGGAGCGGCUGCGGGGGCAGAUGGUGCACCAGUACAAGGAGAACGCGGACAAGGAGCACCAGCGCAUCCUGCAGCGGCAGAAGAAGAUCGAAGACCGCAAGGAAUACAUCGAGCGCAUGAACCAGGAGCGCGAGGAGGAAGAGCUGCGCCAGCAGGAGGAGCAAGCGCGUAUGCUGAAGCUGGCCGAACAGCGCCGACUGGAGGCGGAGAACGAGGAGCGCGAGCGCAAGCGGCACGAGAACGAGCUGCAGAUGAUGAAGGAGCGCAACAUGAAGGAGAAGAUCGAGCAGAUCAAGCAGACGGCCACGGGCCAGAAGCUGCUGAAGAAGCUGGACGAGGAAGAGAUCCGCAAGCUGAACACGGAGGAGAUUGCGGCCCGCGAAGCGGAAGAGCGGCUGAAGGAGCGUAAGGCGCACGAGAACAACCUGAAAUCGCAGGAAAAGAAGAUCGACUACUUCGAGCGGGCCAAGCGGCUGGAGGAGAUUCCGCUCAUCGAGAAGUAUCUGCAGGACCGCUCGGUGCAGGACAAGGAGUUCUGGGAGAAGCAGGAAGCGUCCCGCAUUGAGGCAGCGAUCGCCGAGCGCAAGAACGCGGAAGCUUGCCAGGAGCGGUUGAAGCGCAUGUUGCCCGAUCGCGACGUUUACUGGCAGCAGCUGAAGAACGAGCGGGGCAACCAGUUCGCCGAGAAGCUGAAGCAGUUCAACCAGGCGCUGGAGGAGGAGCGCAAGCGUCGGUUGGCCGAUCGCGUCGUUAAGCGUCGCGAGGAGCGCCGUAUGAAGUGGCUGAAGGAGAAGGAGGAGGAGCGGCGCCGCAUUGAGGAGGAAAUUCGCAAGCAGAAGGAGGAAGCGGAUCGCAUCGAGCGCGAGCGUCGUGCCGAGGAGCGCCGCAUUGCGGACGAGAAGAACCGACAGCUCGCGGAGAAGCAGCUGGCCAUUGCGGAGGAGGUGGAGCGCAGGAGAAAGGAGGAGCUGGAGCAGAAGCGCACCGAGGAGACGGAAGCCCGUCGUGACUGGCGUACUGGCGGUGGUGGAGCUGGCGGUGGCGGCGCUGGUGGCGCUUCGGCCGCUGCAAGUGAACCGAAACCGGAAGACAGCUGGCGUAGAGGACCGGCAGCAGCUUCCGCUAAUGCCUCCGCCGAUGAACCGAAGAAGAAUGUCUGGCAAGGUUCGGGCCGAUAUGGACCGGGGCCUCGCGACCGCGCCGGUGCUGGUGAAACGGGUGCUAAAGACAAGUGGCGCUCGGGACCGGAAGAUCACGAGAAGGAGCGCGACGGCGGCGGUAUGCGCCGGGGCGGAGACAUGCGCCGCGGACAGGACGACCGUGGACCGAUCCGUCGCGGUGGUGAUGACCGUGGUGACCGGGACGAUCGUGGCCCAAUGCGUCGCGGUGUUGGCGGUGCUCCACCAUCGUCUGGAGCUCCGCGCCGUGGAGAUGAUCGUCCGGGUGAUCGUGGCUUCAAUCGCGAUCGUCGUGACGAUCGUCGUGAUGAUCGUGGCCCGCGCGGCGGUGACCGUGAUCGGGAUAACACUUGGCGGCGCGGCCCAGCCGAAAGCAACGAUGAGAACCGACGUGGCCCGGGACAGCAGCGUGACGAAGGACGACAGGACACCUGGCGCAACACCCGACAGGAGCCUGCACCCAAACCGAAAGAAGAACGACCACAGCGUGAACCUCGCCCGCAGGAAAAUGCUCCGCCACGCAACAACGCCGGCCCAGACGACGACGGAUGGACGGAUGUGAAACACCGUUAAUUAUGUUAAGAUGUGUGCUGCUCUCCCGGCUUCCACUGUCCACUUUACUACUACGGGGCUACUGUCUGCGGCUAAUGCUGCAACUAUUUCACCAGCAGAUCGGAACUUUAGCAACAGGUUCGGAACACAUAUAACCCAUUGAGACGCGCAGCGCGAGCGAAGUGAAAGGAAAAGAGCGAAGGAGAGAGAGACAGUGGCAUCUCUAUGCUUAGGUAACUUCACAAUAAAGUAUAAUAAUUAAUCCAUACGAAAAAAAUACUUAUUCUGUGCGUUCGUGCAUAACGGAAUUCAAUGUAAUCAUUACUACUGUCCUCAUUUUGCUAUCGAACAUGGAAUGCGGGGGAAUUAAAUUAGUAUUAUGGGAUGUUAAUAAAAAUGUGUUUUUCUCAACAAA